ACCCGACACACCUCAGGAAAGAGAGAACUUUUGGCACGAGGUGCGCCCCAUGCAUUCAUGGUUCCCUUCUCCGUUCUCGUUCACGAUGACGCUUGACCCUCUGCACAGCUUGUAAAGGCGCGCGAAGCCGAGCGGAAGAAGGCCAUAGCAGAGGGCAAGAUGGAUGACCCCCUUGUACCCAAGAGGCUCGAGGAUGCAAUUACAAUGGUCGGCACCUGCCUCGACAUGUGCCCCAGGUUCGAGCGCUACCGCCGUGAACGCGAGAACAACCUUACCGAGUUUGAAACCAUUCCCGGUACCAAGCGUGUCGACCACAAACGCGCAGUUAAGAUAUACGAACGCGCAGCCGGUGACAAGACUCUUCCUUCCGACCUCCGGCCUCCUCACGUACUCAAGAAAACGCUCGACUACUUGUUCCAUCAACUUAUGCCCGAGCGAGGCUUCGGCACAACGUACACGUUCAUCCGCGACCGCUCAAGAGCAGUCCGCAACGAUUUCACCAUGCAGCACGAGACGGGUCUGCUCGCUAUGGAAUGCCACGCACGCUGCGCCCGCUUCCACAUACUUGCUCUUCACCUCGAGCGGGACACCACCAACUUUUCGGUAGCCCUCGAGGAGCAACAGCUCAUGAACACUCUCCAAUCCCUCAAGGAGUUCUACACAGACCAGCGCAACACCUACCAAUCUCCCACCGAGCUCGAAAUGCGCGUCUACCACCGGCUCAUCCACAUCCGCGACCAAAUCGAGCGCCCGGAGCCGGUCCCUCUGCCCGACGCAAUCGCCUCGCACCCCGUGUACACGCUCGUCACGCGCUUCCGGAAGCACGUCCAGGCGCGCUCCGCGCCCAUUUCCAAGACGUCCAAGCUCGUCGUCGGCCCCGAGGGCAUGCAGAUCUUCGGCGUGCUCGCGGCGACGCUGCAGGCGACCGGCGCGCGCGGCAUGGUGUACCUCGUCGCGUGCAUUCUAGAGCGGCUGUUUGGGAAGGAGACGGUCGAUAAUAUCGAGGCGAUCCGAGGGGACAUGACUCUUCCGGACGUCAUCGAUGGUGUCGACACCGGUGUCGAAGAAGUCGGUGUUCAAGAGGACGGAGGAAGCGCCGGGGCGACAACGGAGGGAGAGGGAGACGAGAGGAUGGAUGGGUUUUUGACGGAAGAAGAGAUGGAUGGCGACGGCGACGACGAAGGGGACGGAACACGGGACCACGCUGCCAUUGGGACCAAGUCGGCGGAGAUCGUUCAGCGGCGGGGUUCAGAGUGGCUCAAGAACACGUUCGGAGUCAAGCCGACGCAGAGCGCUGUUAUCGGGUCCUCGUCUGCGUCGACGUCUACUGCUAAACCGAAACGCUCGCUCGCGGACGCACCGGCUCUAGGGGCGGAUGCUUCAGUCCUCACAGCGACCGUCUCCGAACCUCUUCCUGCGCCUGCCCCGACUUCAGCGGCCACCGGGUCAGCAUUCACGAGCUUUUCACCUACGCCGAGUGCGUUUGCCUCAUCUGGGACGAGUGGGAGCGCGUUUGGCGGGAGUGCAUUUGGAAAGGGAACGUCGAACGCGUUUGGCGGCUCGACGUUCAGUGUUUUCUCUGGCGACGGGGGGAAUAAUGGGUCUCAAGGAUCAGGGAGCAUCUUUGGGACACAAAAGCCUGUUUCAUCUUCUGGCCCGGGCGGGGCCGCUGCAGCGCAUACAACGACUGUAACGUCGACAGGUUUUGGUGGUGUUACAGCUUCCUCGGCGAAGCAAGAGGCAACCCUCAACGCAUUCGCUCAACCAUUCACACCCUCGGGUGCAGCCAAGGCUGGUCCGGCAACAAGCAAGUCAGCACAGAACGGGGCAGUCUCUGCAACUGCUCCGGCGUCGACUGCUCCUUUCUCGUUUGAUGCUCAGUCGGCGACACAAAUGCUCCCUCCGCCUCAGCCGCCCCAACGCAAUAUGCUGGCGCCUUCACACCCGCAAGCACAAGCACAAUCGCAAUCACACGCCCGUCUUCCUCCGCCGAUUCAAACUACCGGUCUCGGCCUCAACCUCAGCCAGCCACUACCCACACCCCUCCAAAUGCCAUCGACACCGCCCUCCGCACCUCCGCCUCUCGGCAGGCAGCAUCUCCUCUCCCUCCCGCCUACACCGAGCGCAUCAACUCCUACUACCACCUCAUAUUUCGGCUCCUUCCAAACACCCCCCACAGGCGCUUCCUCAACUCCCGCCGCCGCCGCAUCAAACGGGCUCACCCGCACACCCACCGAGCCCUUGCUCGACGGGCCAGCCACCACAGGAUCAGGGGAGAGGGGCAGAAUACCAAAGUCGAUCUUUGGCACGCUCGGCAGGCUCCAGACCAGCGGUGGCGCCGGGGGCGCCGGGGACUCGGUGCUGAGCCCGCUCGUGCUCGGCUCGCCGGGGGUGUCGCGCAUGCCGAGCUUCUUCGAGAGCAGUCCGGGCAACGGCAACGCCGUCGCACCGGGGCUGGGACCGCUGCGCCAGAGCUCGCUGCCGUUUGCGGCUGGGUUUGCCGGUGGGGAUGAUAUGCUGACGUCGUCGUUUUCGCUAAAGGGCAAGGGCAAAGAAAGGGAGAAUCAGACCGCGUUCGGAGCGGAGGCGAUAAAGACAGAACAGGAGAACGCGAUGCAGCUCGCGGUGUCGGACGAGGAAACACGGGCAAAGGAGAAGGCGGACGCGUUCCGCUUUAAGGGCGUCGUCGGGCCGUGCUGGAGGCGGUGGAAAGACAGGUCGGCGCGCGUGCGCGUGUGGGAGGAGGCGUGCCGCGCCAGCGACGCGUACAGCGAGAAGGUAGGGCGUGAGCGCGUGAAGGGGCGCGCGGGCGCGUCGCCCGACCGCAAGCGCAAGCCGAGCGUAAGCAUGAGUGUGAGUACCGGGAGCGUGGAUGGGUCGGUGGAUGGGAGUCCGGUGCGGAAGAGGCUGAAGAAUAGGCUGAGCGGGUCGUUUAAGCCGCCGGUUGGGGAUGAGGAGAUGGCGAGGAGGCUGGAGCUGAACCAGGAAGAACAAGAACGGCGAUGGGCGCGCGGAUCAUUCCUCGGGCUGUUGAGUCUAGCAUUUGAACGUGCUGGCUCAAUACCGAGCGCCAAUGGCCUCUCAAAUAGCAUAAGUGGUCGCAGCAUGAACGGCUUGAGUAACAGCAUCAGCAGCUUAAGCACCAGCGUCAACGGCCACAAAGCUUCCAAUCUCGCCCCUGCCGGUGUCUCGCCAUAUAGCUGCGCCUGGCUCUCGCUCAACCCCGAGAACGACGGCACGGCGAUCUGGCUCGAGCAGAAGUUCGGCGUGCCUGAGGCGGGGCGCUGGCGCAACACAAACGUCUUCCAGCUCCAUGUCGAGGCGCCGUCCUCGUCUUCUUCCUCCUCGAGCGCGCCCGCGCCGACCAUCGCGCAGGAGUUCAUGUACCCCGCCAUGAUCGUGUUCGAGCGCACUCCGGCCGGCGACUCGAGCGAUCCGCUGGAGCUCAAGUAUCGCACGCUGGACGACUGCGCUCGGCUGCGCGAGAUCAUUGGCGCUUUACCGAGCGAACGUCAUUUUGUGCCGACGUUGUUGUCGAUCUCGUGGACCGGCGGGAACAAGAAAGAUCCUUCCAAGGAUGAGAACAGCAGGUCGGGUGACGACUUUGAUGGCAUGGUGGCAGGAUACAUCAAGGACGGGACAUUGAAGGCCCACCGAGACUUUAAGCUGUCAACCACAACUGGCGAUCUCGAUAGUCGCUUUAGCGAGGCGCUAGAGGGAUUGCAGAUAGACGUCUCGGGGGAGCUGGUUAUCAAGACUUCGUUAUCAGAGUUAUUGAAGGCUCCUCGCGCAGUAUGGCUAGAGUUUGCCUCGCGAUGGCUCGAGCGAUGCUUCAUCAACGGAUUUUAUGACUGGACACUGCACGGCAAAGUCCUGACAAUCUUGAUCGAGUACCUGAAUCACAUUAUUGGGGCCUUCAUUGGUCUCUUGGGACGCCCACAGGACGAACCGGAUAUUCUUCCCGUUCCAGACUUGCGGAAUUGCGUUGACUCUGAACAAACUUUCGACGUCAUAGGAGACUGGCUGAGCCAUUCCUCUAUCCAAGUCGCCUCUAGCGACAUGAUGCACGACCUCGAUUCACAUCGCGCUCUCGGCCGAGAUUUCCCAUCGCACAGCUUCCUUCCCCAUCUUUUUACUCUCUCCGAGGAACUCCUCCGCCGAAGCCGUGGCAUCGACCUCACCCGUGCGCACUUCAUUCGCCGCGCGCAGCUCGCCUCCGCCUCUGCAGCCGUCAAAUCAGCCGGCGAGGAACACGAACAGGAGCUCCAAGGUCUGCACGAGACCGCACAGCGCCAACAGCACUCACACACCCACGUCCACUCUACACCUGCAUCAUCAUCAGCAUCCAAACGCCGCCCCUCCGUCGACGCGAGCUUCUUCAGCCGCUCGCCGACGCCAACGAAGCGCCGGCGGCUGUCGAUCACGGACCUGACGAGCGAAGACAGCCCGCCGCCGAGCAACGCCACAGAGACGCCAGCGGACUUCUCGCCCCCGCUGAUGAGCAGGUCCAUCUCGUCCGCUUCGCUCUCGGAGCGGACGUCGCCGCUCAUCACCGCAUCGAUGCUGCGCGCGCUGACCAAGGACAUGCGCACGAAGUUUAGUUCUCCGCUGGGUAAAUCUUAGGUUGUUGUGGUUCCUGGGCAAACGCGAGCAGGGCACUCGCCAAAGGGCUUUGCUUAUUACUUACGCUGCACUUGUUUUUAUCUAAUGUUAGGUC